UGUUUUCACACCAGCUGCAAGCUGGAGUGGUACGUUGAACACGUCCAUGGUUAAUUUUCAUAUUUAAUAUUUAAAAAAUUCUAAACUCUUUAACGUACUUAUUUCUGGUGUAGCAACCGAGCAAACUGAAUGAACAAACGGAACUCGAAAGACACCGCUAAGGCUCACCAUGAGCGCGCCACGGAGUAGCCGCUGCAGCUAGUCACCGGCCGCACCAUGGCCAAACCCGGGGGCGACCGAGACGGCACCAUGGUGGAGAAGCAGGCCGGCAAGAAGAGCAAAGAUAAGAUUUCUCCUUUCACCAAGACUCCAAAGCUGGAUCGCAGUGAGCUCCUGGGAAGGGAGAUGAAGCCGAGGCCUUCCAUGAAGCGCAAGCUCUCCUUCACCGUCAGUCCCCCGCGCAACCAGGAGCGCGAUUCAGACACGGAUUCAGACCCAGGACAUUCCAGUGAAACCUGGGGCGAAAGAUUAACCCCUCCCUGUGGGAUUUACUCAGAUAAAGAUGGUCCUGACAAGAAGAAAGUGAAAAAGGAGACUGGAAGUAAGAAGUCUACUCCUGUGAACAUCCUGUUCGGGUAUCCCCUGUCAGAGCGCAAGCAGAUGGCCCUCCUCAUGCAGAUGACGGCAAGAGACAACAGCCCAGACUCCACCCCCAGCCACCCCACGCAAGCGCUGCCGGUUCAAAAGAAGCUCCCCAGCUCUGCCUCGUCCAGGCAGAAGGACAAGGUGAACAAGAGGAACGAGCGGGGAGAGACCCCCCUCCACAUGGCCGCUAUCCGCGGUGACGCUAAGCAAGUCAGGGAGCUCAUUAGCCUGGGGGCUGAUGUCAAUGUCAAAGACUUUGCAGGCUGGACGCCACUGCACGAGGCCUGCAACCUUGGGUAUUACGAUGUGGCCAAAGUGCUGAUCGCUGCCGGGGCGGAGGUCAACACGCAGGGGCUCGAUGACGACACGCCACUGCAUGAUGCAUCCAGCAGCGGACACAAGGAUAUUGUGAAGCUACUGCUGAGAAAUGGAGGAAACGCCUUCCAGGCUAACAAGCGUGGAGAGCGUCCGGUGGAUGUAGCAGACUCCCAGGAGCUGGAGCUUCUGCUUAAGGGCGAGGUCCCGCUGUCCGAGCCAGAGGACAGCUCCUCUGAAUCAGAAGACCCCCCAUCUGUUAAUCCCUCCAGUGUGGAUGACAAUAUGGAGUUCUCAGACCUGGAAAAGGACUCUGAUGGCAAGCAGGCCAACCUGGUAAAAUCGUCGGCCUCCAUGUCCGGGCUAGAUGAAUACGAGUUCAAGGACGAGGAAGAGGAGGAAGAGGAUGACCUGAGCAAGGCGCUGAAUGACAGGCACAUCCUGCGGCGGGAACAGAGGCAGCGGGAGAAGGACGAGAGGGAUGGUGGGCACUUCCUGGCCAAGCAGGACAAAGGCAACACCAAGUCCAAAAAGUCCAAAACAUCCCGUGUCCUGUACUGCAGUUCAGACAGCUCCAGCGAUGAGGCGGACACCCCUCCAGAGAGGAAGGCCUCUCCCACCUGCUCCCUGGCCACCGCUGAGGGACACAGGCUGGACAGCAGGACUAAAAAGGAGCUGAGCCUCACGGCAGAACAUAAGGAGAAGGGCAAGGUCAAGAAAAAGUAUAAAAACCAGAGCAAAAACAAGGAAAAUCAGGAGCUGAAGGAGGACGGGAAAGAGAACAGCAAAGUGCCGUUCUUCUCCUGCUCUGCCUCGGCUGGGACAGAGACCUCAGAAAAGGCAAGCAGGGAGGAGGACUCCUUCAAGAUGUCCUUUAGCCCCAAAGAUGAUUCAUCCGUUCAUCUCUUCCACCUGCCAUCAGCCAGGUCUCCUAAGCUCAACCACAAUCUAGCUGACAAGCAGCCGGCGCCGCUCAAGCAGGAAAACGCCAAGACCUGUCUGUCUGUCGCAGGCGGCCCGUGCCAGGUGGAUGGAAUCAAACAGGACCGCCACACAGAGCCAAACUAUGCCACGGAGAGCUGCAGCAGCAGAGGCGCCAAGCACAAGGAGAAGAGCAAGCAUCACCACAAAGAGCUUAGCUUGGAUGCCCACGACAGGAGCUCUAGUCCUUGCAAGGAGGAUGCCACCAUUGACAGUGCUGAAUCGGCCUUACGGAAAACGGACAAAGAGGGCAAAGUUGUCAAAAAGUACAAACUGAAACACCGGGAGAAGGACAAGCACCGUAAGGACUGUGAGGUUGAGAAGGACAGGCACAAGCAGAAGGAAGCCAGGAAAGAGGGGCAUAGGAACCUGGAGUUCGACCGGGAGUUCUGGAAGGAAAACUUUUUUAAAAGCGAUGAGAAUGAAGAGCCCCUGCCAGGGAGGACAGAGACCCCUGAAGGCAGUUCCCCACACAAAACGGCAGACUCAUCCCCUGUCAAAGAGGAAAAGAGAGAAGGCAGAGAGAAACACAGCAGCAGCAGCAAAGACCGGAGGCAGAAAGAGGACCGAGAAAAGGACAAAGCUGUGAAAAAGGAGAAGGAUCUUCCCUCCAAGGAGGAGAAGGGAAAGGAGCUGAGAACCAGUGAGCAGGAGGAGAGGACGGAUGGCGUGGCUUUGGACAGAGGGAAUGAGGAGUGCACACACAGCAGUGCCAUAAAAGAUGAGCAGGAUGAGCAGCCUGUAACAGAAAGGCACACUGAGCAAGACCUGUGGGACCAAUCGGAGAAAGGCACCCGGGACAAAACUGAGAAGAGGACUUUGGGGAAGGAGAGGGAUGCCGAAAAGACAGACAAAAAGCAUUCGGACAAAGAGAAAAAACCUAAAGGCGAGCACUCCCCUGAAAAAUCUGAGCUGCACAACUGCACGGACAGGUGGAAAGAGCGGGAAAAGACAACAGCAGGUUCCUCCCACUCACCCGGAGACAGAAACCACAAGGAAAGUGAAAAGCUGAAGGCCAUCCUGAUGGCCAAAAGACCUGAGGAGAACAAGAAGAGCAGAGAGAGGCCUGAAAGGAAGAGUGAGAAGGAGAAGGUAGAGAAGGAGCGCAGUCUCGGGGAGAGCAGGGACAGAGAGAGGAACAGCAUAGACAAGAGGGGGAAACCUCCAGAGAAAGUUCCAGAUCAGGGCAAGCUUGACCGCAUAAAGGAAAAAGAGAAAGACGGAGACAAAAAGAAGAAGGAGAAAGGGAAAGACAUCACCUCUUCCACCUCUAACCUUAAAUUGCUUUUGGAAGAGAAAAAGAGCAGCACAUCUGAGAGCAACAGGAUGUCCCAUGAAAAAAAUAUUUCCUUGAAACUGAAGGAAGACGUACCUCGAACACCAGAGAAAGAUCGGCGUGAACGAGACAAAGACGCUGAUCGACAUAGAGACCGGGACCGGCACAAAGACAGGUCCCAGCCCGCCAAAAUCAGCAAGUCAAAGUCAAAUGAGGUGGAGGCCGACAGAGCUAAACCCAAACCCUCGCCAGCCCCCAGAGACGUCCGGCCCAAGGAGAAGAGGUUGGUCAACGAUGAUCUCAUGCAGACUAGCUUUGAGCGAAUGCUGAGCCUGAAGGACCAGGAGAUUGAGCAGUGGCACAGGAAGCACAUGGAGAAGAUCAAACAGAAGGAGAGGGAGAGGAUGAAGCAGCGGCCUGUAGCGGAUUCUGGAAAGCUGAAGAGCAAGGACAGGUCAAAGAGCUCGGGGGGCGAGUCCUGCCACAGCAAGGAGCUUCUACGCUCAAAGAGCUCAGAGACCUCUGAAGUCCACAACCGAGAAAAGGUGCUCAAGGAUGCCACCAGCUCAAGGUCAUUCUCCCUGGAUGCUAAGUGCCUCCCCCAUUCUGGAAAGUUGGGCCUCAGCCUGGAGAACAGCCUGAGCCGCUCCCCCCGGCCUGAGGGGGAGAAGUCGAUCCUCAUGUCCAGAUCGGUGUCCAUGAUCUCUGUGGCCAGUUCAGAGGACUCCUGCCAAGCAGCUGCCCUUACACCCAGGCCCCUAGCCGAGUAUGACUCGGACUUUGCUCCAGAAGGUUCCGAUUCCCAGCUCUCUUCCUCACAGGCUUCCUUCGUCGUCCACCCAGCCAGGUCCCCAGCUGUUCACGAAAAGGAAUCUGAAGGUCUGCUUGAUGCAGCUCAGCGUGGCAGGUCUACCCUUCCUGUCAGACAUGCGUCACCGUACCUGAGAUCCAUCUUGGAUGAAGAUACAAAAGUUGCGUUGAGUGACGGGAGACCCUCUGAGGACCCUGGAAAGGCCAGUACAAUGAUACACUCCAGUGGGGAACAUGCAAAGGGCACUCUACCUGACAGCAGUGUAGCAUCUAUUCAAGAUGGCAACAUUAGUCAAAGUCUGCCACCUCCAAGCUUCAGUCAUUUUAGCUCCGAUCCCGAGAACAUCGCCAGUGGUGGAAUUGAGGGGAACACCUCAAAAACUAACCUCCCAAUCACAUCAAACAGCAGUGAUACUCUGAAUAAGGAUUAUGAUGAAAUCCACAUUCAGCAGGCCACGCAUUCGGACAGCAGACAACAAAGCACUACAGAACUGAAGAGGCCUUGUAUUACAGAUCCCCUGUCAGAGAAAACCAUGUUCUGGCCACCAGUGGAGAACUGCAGGACAGAGAGCUCCAGCCAGAAAUCAAAUGUUGAACAUAAUGACAAAGCAACCAAAGACACUCUAUCUGAAAAUUCCUCAGAAGGAACAUUCUCAUCCCCUCUGACUUCUCAGCAGACGUUCUCCGUAAUCCCCCAGGAACCUACAGAAGUCUCCUGUGAGCCUUCACAGGGCGGUGAUGAAGCUUCACAUCUGGGACCUGAGCUACAAGAAAAGGCUGGAUUGUUGGAAGACACUGUUUGUAAGAGGGAGGACCUGAGGAAGGAACCUGUAAGUGCUAAAAUAGAGUGGGUGAGCAGCCCAGGGCCCUCCAAUACCCCGCUCUGCACCAGCACACACAAGACUGACAGAAGCACAGGGGAUUCAGUGCUCAUUUCCACAGCAGGCAGCAUGGAAAUCAAGGUCACGCCAGAGGAUAUGGAGGCUGAGAGUUUGGACUCUAAAGACUCCAAGGACUCAACAGGCCCAAGCGAGCUUCCUUUAGAGAAACAGGAAGGCAGCUGUCCCACACCAUCUUACCCCACUGGAUUGAGCUGUGCAGGCCCUGUCACUAAAGCAGAGGACCUAGCUGAUGCUCCUGAGAGCAAAGAAAAGAAUAGCGGUGUGGAGGUACCGGAAAUUGCAGAGCCCUCAUCAGAUGAUGCCCCCCAGACACUCCUAGCUCAUGAAAUAAAAAAUGAGCCAGUUGAUACUGCUCCCGACCACACUGCCCCAGAAGAGAACUCUCAGCUACAGGAACAGCUUGAGGCAUCUGGAAUACCACCAUGUGGCCUGCAGGGGGACCCUCACACAGAACACAGUAGCACCUGCUCAGGAAGCUCAUCUCCACUGCAGGGGGAGGGCGACUCGCUGGGUGCCAAGGCCAAGAUGCAGCCGCUGGAGGAGGAGGACAACCAAGUGAACCACCCAAGGAAGAGGAAGAUGCCGCGGGUGUCACAAGUCGGCCCCGGUGCUCAGCAGGCCAAGGACAAGGCCCAGCAGUCCCUGGCGGCCAUUGUAGACUCUCUGAAGCUGGAGGAGAUCCAGCCCUACCAGACGGAGAGGGCCAACCCCUACUACGAGUUUCUGCACAUCCGCAGGAAGAUCGAGGAGAAGAGGAAGGUACUGUGCAGCGUCAUCCCUCAGGCACCACAGUACUACGACGAGUAUGUCACCUUCAACGGAUCCUACCUCCUGGAUGGGAAUCCCCUCAGCAAGCUGUGCAUUCCGACUAUAACGCCACCACCCUCAUUGCCUGACCCACUGAAAGAGAUGUUUAAGCAGCAGGAAGUGGUACGCAUGAAGCUGAGACUGCAACACAGCAUUGAGCGGGAAAAGUUGAUUGUUUCCAACGAACAAGAGGUCCUGCGCGUCCAUUACCGUGCAGCCAGAACACUAGCCAAUCAGUCGCUUCCUUUCAGUGCAUGCACGGUCCUGCUGGAUGCAGAGGUGUACAACAUGCCCGCAGAGGCACAGGGAGAAGAUGGUAAAACUUCUGUACGGGACAGGUUCAAUGCCAGGCAGUUUAUGUCUUGGUUACAGGAUGUGGAUGACAAGUUUGACAAACUAAAGACGUGUCUGCUGAUGCGGCAGCAGCACGAGGCCGCGGCGCUGAACGCCGUGCAGCGGCUGGAGUGGCAGCUGAAGCUGCAGGAGCUCGACCCCGCCAUGUACAAGUCCACCAGCAUCUUCCAGAUCCCCGAGUUCUACAUCCCGCUCGUCGAAGUCAACGACGACUUCGACCUCACUCCCAUAUGAGGGGCCCGCCUGCCCGCCCGCCCGCCAUCGGACUCCCAGGAGGAGGUGCCGCCCCACCGAGAAAGUGCCGGAAAAGAGCACUUGAAAAGCAAGGGAGGCUCAGGGUCGGCUUGGAGCACCGCGUGACGAUGAAGCCCAGGACAGACUGACCCUCCCUCCUAUUAUUUAUAAAAAUAACAGUGCGUGUGCACGUCAUGUGAGGCACCCAACUGCCCCCCUUCGAGCCCCGAGUACCUGGGGCUCCUCCCCGGAGGGGCGGGGAGCCUGGUCACAUGGGCGUCGGCACAGUGAGGAAUGUGGCUGGCACUUAGACAUAAGCAGCACUUAUGACAGGGUUCAGGGCCCAGUUUGGUUGGCUGAGAGCCUCAGAGAGCGCUUAUAGGGAAGAGAGAGAGACAGAGAGACGGGAGAGAGGGGUAUAGAGAGAGGAGGCCCUGGCCCUGCAGUUCGCACAGCCUGAGAGAGCUUUGCCACUGCUUCACGGAACAGGACUGUCAAAGACGGGUGUUUUUAAGUGAAGUGUCCAUACAUGUACAGACUGUGCUCUUAAUUAUUAUUUUUUUUAACUUAUUUUAUACGUACAGAUUGUGCAUCUUGUAAAUAGCCAUGUAAUUAUUUGUUUCUAACAAGUGUAAAAAAAAAAAAUUUAAUUGAUAUUUUGAUUGUAAACUUGUUUUGUCUAAUGUUUUAAAUGGACCAAAGUCAAGGUGUUGUUUUUUUUUUUUAGUAUUUUUGUGUUGUUAUUGGCUAAUUCUUAAGCAUGCUUGGAGUUUGUUUUGUUUAGUUUUGUUCCUUCUCCUCAUGUUCUCCUACGGGCAGGUGUUUUGACUUGUGAUCUUUAAUGAUGUGCAUGCCUUGCAGGUUUGUACUUUUCCAGAAAGCUGGACCGUGGGCUGUUGUGAGAUUUUCCGAUUCGUCCCUGCUUCUUUUCCGUCACUGGUCCGACGUCUCGUGCAGCACUGUGCAGCUCCUUGCCUCUGUGUCCGUUGCACUGUCAUACACACUUAAAAAAAAUCACACUGCAAAAUUCAGUGUUGCUUCGAAACACAAAAUUAAAAUGACUUUUACAGUUCAGUGUGGGAUCACAACAAAACCUAUUUUUGCAACAUAAUGCCUUUGAACUAUGGUUCUAAAAUAUGUCUAUUUUAAUAUUUACUUGUUACAUGAUAUGUACAUAUCUGUAAUAUAUAAUUGAAUAAAUUUUAUUUGUUGUGAAAUCCAAAA